GAAGGGGCGGGGCGAGGACGCCCACCGACGGAGCAGCCGCAGCGACAGCGGCCGGAGCCGGAGGAGGAGGAGGAGGAGGACGAGGAGGAAGAUGCCCCACCGCGGCUCAUCUCUGAGGGGUUGAGGCUUCAGCGAUGAGAGGAGACCUCCAGUGAAGCAGCCGGACGGAAGUGACCCGGGGCUGAACGGAAGAAGGACGCUGACGGGGAAGAGAUGCGAGCGGAAAUUCUCUAGAGAACCAAACUGUGCGGACCCUCCUGCUCCCCCCUCCCCAGCAUGCGGUGACUGAAGGCCCGAAGACGCAAGUUUGUGUCCAGUGGCAACAGCAGGCAAACCAGCUUAAAUGAAGGAUGAAGACCCCGGUGCACAGAUGCAGGGACGUGGAGCACGGGCGCAACCACGCCGGAGACGGGGCAGGGGUCAACUGCCUGCAGGCUGAGCAGCGCAUCCCGAUCUCCAAAGACGUCAUCACGUCCUCCUCGGCCUCGGCCAUGUGGUUCAUCAGGGACGCCUGUGGCAUCGUGUGCGCCGUCAUCACGUGGCUGCUGGUGCUGUACGCCGAGUUCGUGGUGCUGUUCGUGAUGCUGCUGCCCUCCAAGAGUCUGAUGUACAGCGUCGUGAACGGGACCCUGUUCAACACUCUGGCCUUCCUCGCCCUCGCCUCGCACCUGAGGGCCAUGUGCACCGACCCCGGCGCGGUGCCAAAGGGGAACGCUACUAAGGAAUACAUAGAGAGCCUCCAGCUGAAACCAGGGCAGGUGGUCUACAAGUGUCCCAAGUGCUGCAGCAUCAAGCCUGACCGAGCACACCACUGCAGUGUUUGCAAACGCUGCGUACGGAAGAUGGACCACCACUGCCCCUGGGUCAACAACUGUGUCGGGGAGAACAACCAAAAGUACUUUGUGCUUUUCACAAUGUACAUUGCACUCAUCUCCCUCCACUGUCUGGUCAUGGUGGUCUUCCAUUUCCUCUAUUGCUUUGAAGAUGAUUGGACAAAGUGCAGCUCCUUCUCUCCCCCAGCAACCGUCAUCCUCCUCAUCCUCUUGUGCUUUGAGGCUCUCCUCUUCCUCAUCUUCACCUCUGUGAUGUUCGGCACCCAAGUCCACUCCAUCUGUACCGACGAGACCGGUAUAGAGCAGUUGAAAAAGGAAGAGAGAAGAUGGGCUAAAAAAACUAAGUGGAUGAACAUGAGGGCGGUGUUCGGACACCCUUUCUCCGUUUUGUGGUUUAGUCCCUUCUCCACCCCCGACCACGGGAAGGCCGAGACUUACCAGUAUGUGGUGUGAGAGGGAGCGAGGUCAGAACCGGGUCACAACUGGCCCACUGACCAAACCUAUGGCGUUCUGUUUCCUCCCAACACGUUAGACGUGGACAGUUCCUCACUUUUUUUCUGUUGCCAAACUUCAGUGCGCUAUAUUGUUCAAGAGACAAUUUGUGUGUGUGUGUGUGUGUGUGUGUGUGUGUGUGUGUGUGUGUGUGUGUGUGUGUGUGUGUGUGUGUGUGUGUGUGUGUGUGUGUGUGUGUGUGUGUGUGUGUAAAUACUGUCAUGAAUCUUUUUCUUUUCUUUUUUUUCUGAUCUACUUUUCUCUUCCUGUUGUAUCAGAAUCCCGUUUCUCCUGUGGUGUCUUUCUUGUUGCUUCCCCUCAAGGAGUUACUUCAGCUGAAUUACAAAAAGUCAUAUUUUACCACCUUUUCCCUGGGGGCGUCUGGGUAUGUAGGUAGUUUUAGUUUCCCAAAAUAUAAAUAAUUUACCUCCAUAGAAAAGGAAAGGACCAGGAAAUAUUAUCCAGUGACCCAAGAAGAGAUUCGCUUCAGGAAAUAAUUGCGUUUGCUUUUGAUUUUGGAAGCAUCACAAAUGAGAUACAACUCGAGGUUGGUGGUAAAAUACUGUGCAUUUUUUGUAAUAUGGGUGAAUUGAGCUUUUUUUAAAGCAACAUGACGCAACCAAUAUUUUUUGGUCCGAUGGUUCCGGUGAUGGAACUUUUCUGUUUGGUGAAGUCAGGGAAUGGAAUAGUUUAUUACCACGUGUGGCCACAGAGGUCGCUGUUGCUCAUAUACAUAUAUAUAUAUAUAUAUAUAUAUGUAUGUAUGUAUAUAUGUAUAUAUAUAUAUAUAUAUACACACACACACACACACACACACACACACACACAUAUUAUAAAUAUAUCCAGUUGGGCUGUGAGAGUUGGCAGCCUGAUGUGACUGGAUGGAUCUAACCUGACGGCAAAGGGUUUCUGUGGAUAAUCAUGAGAGUGAUAAAUUCUGAUUUCAUUUCUUAUGAUACUGAGAUGUGACUCUACAAUGACAAAAAAAAGUCCAGAAAGUAGAAGGCUGCAAAUCAUUUUGAUUAAUGAGACAAAUGUCAGUGUUCCUUCAAACUGUUGUAUUUGAGUCUCUGGGGAAAACGCUGCAGUUUAAUCACCUGUUUUAACAACUAAAAUACUGGAUCAACCCUCACUGAAACGUAUCACAGCUGUUUCUGAUUUGUUUAUUUAUUUUUUUAUUUUUUGGGCUAAAAAAGCCCAGAGGUUUUUGUUUUUUCCACUGAACAGAAUCAUUUUUGCCAUCCUGGUUUUGGUCUUUCCCAGUUUUGCAGAAUCAUUAUUUCAUUGAACAUUUGGGGAAAUUAAAUGACUGGUAAAAAUGCCAACUUUUAAUUUUUAAUUUGUAUUUAUUUUUUGGAGUACGGCUUCCUGCAUUACUAACGGUAAAAAAAAAAUAAGAAAAAAAAUUGUCUCUGCUGGAAAAAAACUAUUAAAUCCUGUGUGGAGUUAAAGGGAAGUGGUAGAACUGAUCGUGCAGCCGCUGGACUUCAAAGCAUUUAACAAAAGUAUUAGCUCACAUUUAACACGAGUCCUCAAACGGCUAAUGGACACACUGUGUUUAUCAUCUUUAAUAUUUUCCCCUGUGUGAACGGCGUUUUGAUUCUUCUUUUGUUUGACACGAUACUGUGUGUAUCCUUCUGAAUGAACGGUACAGACGAAGGCUCGUUCAGUAAUGUAUGUGACACUGCUGGUGAUGAUGGUUUUGUUUUUUUUACAGAAAUGAUUUCUUAAUAUUCUGAUGAAGAUAUUUUCAGCACACGCGCAGAGAAUAAAUACCUCUCAGUUGCAAUGCGAA